CUAAUCUCUGCGUCCGAACCCUCAGCCGCCGCCAUCGCACCCUCCUCUCCUCUCCUCUCCUCUCGUCGCCGCCCCCGCCGCUGCUACCGACAUGGCCUCUGCCGUCUCCUCUUUUCUAUCCUUGUCUUCCUCGUCCGAUCGUCUCGAUCGUCUCCCGUUCCGCAAUAGGAACCAUAACAACAGAGGAAUCGGGAAGCUAAGCUCCGCCUUCCCCCACCUCUGGAACCCUACCGAUUCCAUCCUCCUUCGCCACCGUCGCCCGGCCCGGAUCUGCUGCUCUUCCACUGCCGCGUCGUCUAGCGGCAGCAACCAUCAGCAGCUGAAGACCAGGCGGCCGGCGGAGGAGAAUAUCCGCGAGGAGGCGUGCCGGCGUGACGAGGCGACCGGGUCGUGCGGAUUCUCGGCGUGCUACGUGCCCUUCAAUGCUCCCGCUGACACCGCCGAGACAUACUCGCUGGAUGACGUGGUGUACCGUGGCCGGUCCGGCGGCCUCCUCGACGUCCGCCACGACAUGACGGCUCUGAAGCGCUUCCCGGGCUCCUAUUGGCGCGACCUGUUUGAUUCCCGCGUCGGCCGCACUACCUGGCCUUACGGCUCCGGCGUCUGGUCCAAGAAGGAGUUCGUGCUCCCGGAGAUUGACCCAGACCACAUUGUCUCCCUCUUCGAGGGCAACUCCAACCUCUUCUGGGCGGAGCGCCUUGGCCGCGAUCACCUUGGUGGCAUGCCCGACCUUUGGGUCAAGCACUGCGGCAUCUCGCAUACCGGCUCUUUCAAGGACCUGGGCAUGACCGUCCUCGUCAGCCAGGUCAACCGCCUCCGCCGCAACCCCCUCAACCGCCCGAUCGCCGGCGUCGGCUGCGCCUCCACGGGGGACACCUCUGCCGCCCUAUCCGCCUACUGCGCAGCCGCCGGUAUCCCCGCCAUCGUGUUCCUCCCCGCCGACCGCAUCUCCCUUGCCCAGCUCGUCCAGCCCAUCGCCAACGGUGCCACCGUACUCUCCAUCGACACUGACUUCGACGGCUGCAUGCGCCUCAUCCGCGAGGUCACCGCCGAGCUUCCCAUCUACCUCGCCAAUUCCCUCAACUCCCUCCGCCUCGAGGGCCAGAAGACCGCUGCCAUCGAGAUCCUUCAGCAGUUCGACUGGGAGGUGCCCGACUGGGUCAUCGUUCCCGGCGGCAACCUCGGCAACAUCUACGCCUUCUACAAGGGGUUUGAGAUGUGCCGUGAGCUCGAGCUUGUUGACCGCAUGCCACGCCUCGUAUGUGCGCAGGCUGCCAACGCCAACCCUCUCUACCUGCAUUACAAGUCAGGUUGGGCUGACUUCAAGCCGGUGAUUGCUGCAGACACGUUCGCCUCUGCUAUUCAAAUUGGUGACCCCGUCUCAAUCGACCGUGCCGUUUUUGCAUUAAAGGCAACCGAUGGAAUCGUCGAGGAGGCCACCGAGGAGGAGCUGAUGGACGCCAUGUCUCUUGCUGACCGGACAGGCAUGUUUGCCUGCCCACACACAGGGGUUGCACUCGCUGCAUUAUUCAAGCUGAGGGAAAGGGGGGUGAUUGGCACCAAUGACCGGACCAUAGUGGUCAGCACUGCUCAUGGGCUCAAGUUCACGCAGUCCAAGGUCGCCUACCAUUCAAAUGAAAUAGCUAAUAUGGAUUGCCGGUAUUCAAACCCACCUGUAAGUGUGAAGGCUAGUUUUGGGGCGGUGAUGGAUGUCUUGAAGAAAAAGCUUGAUGGUAAGCUUGGGCUGUGAAUGAUAUAAAGAUUGCAUCGGAUCUGGAAUGUGGAUUUCCUUUGUCAGCCUCUGUUCACACGAUGAUGAAUCAGAUUGCAUGUAGGUCUCAGCAAAGAUGAGCUACUUUUGAUGAUAAAGAAAAGGAUUUUCCCUGGUUGCUGUCAUCUGAUGAAGUUGAACUGAGAUUGCCUUGGAUAUACUUCAGUUACAAUACGCCCCAUUUGAUGCUAGACUUCCUUGCUAAUGGUGCAUUGGUAAGGCAUGUAGAGGGACUUGAUGCUUGCAAAACUUCUUAGCGAGCCUCGAGUUAUUAUUCGGUCAUCUUCUUCUCUUUAUCUGACGUAUGAGUUGUACCUUUACAGCAAAAAUCAAAAUGUAAUUGCUGAUCAUCAGGAUCUGAGCAAGGCUGUGUUUAGUUUAUGGGCAAAAGCUCUUGUGGAUUCUUCCUCGGCUGAAGCUUUAGGAUAACCGAGUCUCGUGUCCGAGUAGUUCUGGCACAGUUGUUACCCUACGAUAACAAAUAUUGCCAACUGGAAUCCCGAUUGCAAUUGUAUGCAUUGUGGAUUGCUAGGUGCUGAAUUUUUGGUUAGAGUGCUGGAUGAUUCUUGAUUCCUGAUGGCAACCAGUCAAGCAAACAAGCGAAGUCGAUGGUGGCCAAGCCUCUCGGAAUCUCGUCUGUGGAGAAAUAAGCUGAACAUACAAAGUUUGUCGUUGCCAAUCUGUACUUAGUGCCCAGUUUCAUACUCCACAGUUCUGUCCAACUUUACUUGAAUGGUGCUGGAUUUCUGAAACCUACAUUAGUUUCUACUUAUUUGAAAUUUAUCUUAUCUGGAAGGAGAUGUCAUGCAUUGAAUUGAUAACUGCAUUAUGAUUGCAACCUUAUUCAUUCUUUA